AUUGAGGGAGGCUCCAAAGGUGGUGGCGGUGGAGGGGAAGGUUUCGAUGUGACGAAAACCGGAGAUGCCCGGAUUGGACUGAUAGGCUUCCCAUCGGUGGGAAAGUCGACUUUACUUACGAAGCUUACGGGGCAGUACUCGGAGCAGGGCGAGUACGAAUUUACAACAUUGACGUGUGUACCUGGUGUCUUGAAGUAUAAGGGUGCAAAGUUGCAGUUACUGGACUUGCCGGGGAUUAUCGAGGGUGCCAAGGACGGUAAGGGACGAGGUAAGCAGGUCAUUGCAGUGGCUAGGACGUGUUCCCUCAUCCUUAUUGUCUUGGACGCAAUGAAGCCAUUGCACCACAAACGGCUGAUCGAAAAGGAGUUGGAAGGCUUCGGAAUUCGCCUGAACAAACGGCCUCCUAAUAUCACUAUUACUCGCAAAGAUAAAGGCGGAAUUAUAAUCAGCAGAACCCAAUCCGCUCAAACAGGUUCUGGACCCGGGGCCAAGGGGCCUGCUCUGUGUGACGAGAUGGUCAAGAUGAUAUGUUCCGAAUACAAUAUUCUCAAUGGCAGUGUUGUCAUUCGCGGCGAGCAUACCGUGGACGACUUGAUUGAUGCAAUUGAGGGUAACUGCGUUUAUAUCCCCUGUAUCUACGUAAUGAACAAGGUCGAUGAAUGCACCGUCGAGGAACUUGAUAUUCUCGCUCGCUACGAUCACUACUGCAUGAUUUCCGCCAGACAUGGAUGGAAUUUGGACGAGCUAGUUGAGAAAAUAUGGGAGUAUCUCGAUCUCAUCAGGAUUUACACCAAGACCAAGGGGCAAGCAGCACCCGACUAUGCCCAACCCAUUAUAUUAAGGCGCAUCAAGGCCACCAUAAAGGACCUCUGCCUUAAAAUCCACAAGCAACUACUGAUCCAUUUCAAGUGCGCUCUGGUCUGGGGUAAUUCUGUGAAACACAAUCCCCAAAAGGUCGGAAAGGAUCAUACGCUGCAGGACGAAGACAUUGUGCAGAUUAUCAAACAAUAA